UAACCUGUAAACAGAUAUAACCAAUCCUCAUUUGACAAGGAAGCAAACAUUCAGAUUUUGCUUGAUUUGACAGAGAUAAAUUUACUUCAAUAUUAAGAUACAGACAAUCGUGUAUAAAAGUCAAUAUGGACUGAUCUUCAUGAUGAACCUAAACUGAUUUAAAGGGAUCUAAAACGAAUGAGAAACCUAAAGGGUUAAAGGAAUAAAAAAGGAAAUGGAUGUAUCUGGGAGAAUGACAGAUGGACAAUUGCAUGAUAAAGAUGGACAAAUAUUCUGUCAGCCGUGUAGCAGUGACGGUAACUGGGUGGUUGCGAAGGGAUAUUGUCAGAAUUGUAAUGAAUUCUUUUGUGAUGCUUGUUUAAAGCCUCAUCGCAAACAGUCUGCGACGAGAAAUCACGUAAUCCUGGAAGGCAAGCGUAUGCCUAAUUCUCAUACGCCGGAAAUAGCCAUAGAUUCAUGCUCAGGUCUAUGUUCGAAGCAUAUCAAUGAAACAGUAAAAUUCUACUGCACCUCCCAUGCCACAAUAGGAUGCGUCGACUGCAUGGUCUUGGAACAUAAGGCUUGUAAAGUAGAACGGAUACAAGAUAUAUCCAGCAGCUAUUUCAAUAGUCCUGAACACAGACAGCUAGUGAGAGAGGUACGAAAAUUUCUUGAAAAUUUAGAAGAAAUAAGUCGUUGUGCAAGAGAUGAACAAAACGUAUUCUCAGGCCGUUGCAGAUAUAAAGGCCUUUAGGAAAGACGUGAAUGAUUAUCUAGAUAGAGUUGAGACUGAGAUACUUGCUGAAGUGAACUUGAGGAAAGAGAAAGAUGAACUGACAGUAUCAGAAUUGAAAGCAGAUCAGCUAUGUAUGCGAAAUGAAAUAAAAAGUCUGGAAGAAAAACUAAAGCUGCAGUCAAAUAAAGCCAAUGAACUGUUUGUGGCAGCAAAGAUAAUGACAAACAGGAAAGUCUCGAUUGACAAAAGUAUUAAGCAAAUGAAGGAAAAAUGCCAGAUCCAGCAGUAUAGGUUUGAAGAGUCUCCUGAAUUAAAUGUAGCUGUUUCCUCUAAAGUUCCUCUUGGAAAGUUGAAAGGUAUCACCCGACCCUCCCAAAAGAAGAUAACAGAUAUGGAGCCACAGUUUGAUGGCGAAAUCAAUAUCAAGGCACCUGAGGAUAAAUUAGACUGUUUUAUCAUAGCAUCUGUACUAAUUUCACCAAGUCAAAUAGUACUUGCUGACAAUGAAAACAGCUGUGUAAAAUUGGUUGAUAUUGACCAAGAGAAUAUGUUAGGGCGAUACGAAUUGUGCACUAGACCAGUAGAUAUGACUGUAGUAAAUGAAGACCGAAUUGCAGUUACUCUUCCAAAUAAACAGAAAAUACAGGUAUUGUCUAUCACAAAGAAUGGUACGUUCGUUGAAAGUCAUGACAUAAAAAUGAAUGACGAUGUUCGAAAAAUUGCUUAUCAACGCGAUAAUUUAAUCAUAGCAUAUUCAAACGCGGUUGAAAUUCGGAACAGCAAGGGGAAAGUAGUAAAAAAAUUAAAUUCUCCAGACUUUACUUGUAUAACGAAGAUAGCAGUGGCACCAGAUUGUAAGACCUUCUAUGUCUCUAACAGUGUUGAUGGAGGUAAACCAACAGCUAUAUAUAAAUUUGACUUUGACUGCAACCUGCUUGCAACAUACAAGGACACGACAAUGUCAGAUGUUAGAGGACUCACAGUGACAACAGAUGGUACAUUGCUUGUAUGUAACUGGGCUGAUAAUGGAAGCAUUCACAUGAUUUCACCACAGUGCAUGAAAAUAAAGGAAUUUCUACAGCAUAAUGAACAUGCCAAUAGUCCAUAUUGUGUGUCAUUCUGUGGUCAAACCAGCAAACUGUUGUUAUGUAGCUAUAAGGCAUUUUCACGUGAUGCUGAACAAUGGAAUGUUCUAAAAAUGUUUCGCAUGAUGUAAAUCUGAAACUGAGAAUCAUUACAAGUUUUAGAUACUUGUCUAAAUGCCACUCUGCAUUUCAGCCUGUGGCCAAACGAACAAAUAAAUCCUUUGUUGCUAUGGAUAUUCACUUUAUGAUAUACAUAAUAUUUGAAUGGUGAUUUGACAUUUUAAGAAGUUUGUUAGAGUUUAUGUAUUAUUUGCCUUCCUUAAUUUUGCGAAGCAUUACAAGAUUGUAUAUUGUCCUACUCAUUUAUAUUUGGUAGUUAAAAGUAUUCGUUUCAUCAGGCAUAGAUGCGAAAAAGUAUAGUAUGCAUAAUAAAGCUGAUAUAUUCAUGAAAACGAGCUGAGCGCUAUGUUUCUAUUUCCAUUUCUUGUUUACCUAUGAAGUAUAUACAUAAAUGCAUAAUAAAAGACAGAAAAAUAAAUAAAUAAAUGAAUAAGUGAAUAAGAGGAUUAGCAACUGAAUAGAUAAAAAAGAAAAUAUGUGCAACUGUCCACAAGGGUCGUGUGAUCAAUAUAAACGUGUUCCAGUACCAUUAUCUAUGCCCAAAAUGUCCCCGUUUGCUCACGUUUCUGAUAUCUAGUAAGCGGAUAUUAAUGCAUUUACCUUACUUUUGUGUUUCAAAAUUUGUCAAGAAAUUUCAGGAAAAUUAAAAGAAAAUAAUUUGACUUGAAUGAGAUUAUUAACGAAGUUAUAGUGGUCUGGACAGUUCUUAGAUUUCAGAAAAUGACGCUAUAAGUAUAAACAAUUUUACUACCCGGAUAAAAAAUAACACGCAAUGCGCAUUGUGGAUGUAAAGUAGUUUCAUACUCAUGUCCACCCAUUACUUCCGUUUUGUUGAAAAUUUAAAACCAUCUGCUAAUACACGAUAAACAGCGGUUCCAUACACUGUGUUCAAGGGAUUGUAUUUACGGAUCGCUUUACCUCAACUGACCUGUCACUUUAUGUGUCAAUAAAUAUACAUACUCAAUCAACCCGACUUUCAACUAAAAUGACCUGUCAU